UCACUUGACGGAGGCCUAGGGUUUAAAUCGAAGGGGUUUUAGGAUUAGGAAAAAGAAAGGUGCUAGGUGGAGUUCUUUGUAAUCGAAACAAAGUAUGGGGAAGAAGGAAGGAGAUCUAUGGGACGAUUCAGCUCUCAUCGCUGCCUUCGACCACGCUAUUUCCACCUACAAGAAAAUGCAUAUCAGCGGCAAGAACAAAGACGCCACUGCUCAAGAGGCGGAGACAGUGAUCGGAGAAGGAGCCUCCUAUGUUGACUUCGCAAGUUCCGACACUACAAGGGAUGCUGACACGAAUGACCAUAUUCCAGCUACUGACGUGCGUGAUUCAGGUGAGACUAGUAAUGAGCCAAAACUGGAAGAGGAUCAUCACGUAGAGUCACUGGUGGAGCAACCUUGCCUAGAUUCAACAAGUGGUCAAGGCAUCCAGAGUGGGCAGAGUGGUUAUGCAUAUGCGGAAGGUGUAGAUGAUUAUAAUCAGUUGGUUAUGCAGUAUUAUGAACUUGAGGAGAAAAGGGCGAAGAUUUUGGAGCAACUCAAUCAAUACGGCUAUUGGAAUUACCAAAAUUUGGCUGUUGCUUCUAGUUCUGGUGUACCUUAUUCUGAUUCUCAAGAGUAUUCAAUGGCUGGGUACCAAGUUUCUGAUCCAAAUGCUGUCUGUACAUGUUGCCCCUGUUAUAGUCAAUGUCUACGGGAACCACUCACAUCAAUUCCUGCUUGUUCUUUGGGUGAAUUAUCUGUUGGCAAGCCUUGUAACAAUGCUUAUGUGGAAAUGGAUCAUAAAAUGCCAUUUCCUUAUAAGGAUGAUGACAUCCGCAAAAUGGCAAUGGGAGCUGCAGAGAAGGCAUUGUCUACUAUUAGAACAACCAUAUCUGGCGAAUUUAAUGCAAAUGAAGAUGCAAUUUCAGGAAAAGAGAGAAACAAUUCUGAACAUGAAGAAAUUAGUGGUUUGGAAACGGAUCUUGCUGCUGUUUUGAAUGCCUGGUAUUCUGCUGGCUUCUGUACUGGAAAGUAUAUUGUUGAACAAUCCAUUCAAAACAGAAGAUAAAUGUAAACUCCUGCAUCUUCAAGUGGAGUAAAAUGGGUUCUCAUUCAACUGUGCAAGUCCUUGUGAUUAUUUCUCCACAGUUGGGUAAUUGGUCUACAUCUUAGCUUCUUUGGGAAAUCAGAGCUGUGGUAUUAUGAUGUGAUUGGACAGGCUGGCUCAUAAAUUUUGAAGCCCCGGUGCUAGUUUUCCUUGCAAUAUUAUAUUGGACAUAUUGAGGAAAUGUUUUACUCUCUGCUGCAGACAUGUAUUUCUUGGUUCAUUAGGUUUGGAUGCAGAACUUGAAAAUGCAUACAUAUUUUUUGUUUAA